GCACUGACUGGUGGCACUGACUGGCACAACCCCUGGGCACUGACUGGUGGCACUGACUGGCAGCACUGCUGGGCUGCACUGGUGGGUGGCACUGGUGGGCAGCAGUGGUGGGUGGGCACAGGUGGGUGGCACUGGUGGGCACAGGUGGGUGGGCACAGGUGGGUGGCACUGCUGGGCACAGGUAGGUGGCACUUCUGGGCACAGGUAGGUGGCACUGCAGAGUGGCACAGGUGGGCGGAGCUAGUGGGCGCACUGCUGGGCACAGGUGGGCGGAACUUGCGGGUGACACUGCUG